AUGCGAGAGGAAAAAGCUGCUGCGAUGUCGCCUUCACUGGCCCUGGAUAGAACCGAUCAUGAUGAUGUUCAUUCGAUAGCGACGAGUGGCGAUCCAGAAGUUGACGAUAUGCGUUCUCGUUCCCAUAACUCCAGCAUCAUGGCCGAGCAAGAGAAGAAUGACCCGGAAGACCCAGCACCUUUAUCACGCAUGUCGACCGAACUUGGUCCCGCGGUGGCAGUCCCCCGACUCAAACGCAGGGGCUUGUUCGGCUCACUUACUCUGGUGGCCGAAGUCGAGGACCCAAAGACCUAUUCCCGAAGGAUGAAAUGGUUCAUCACAUUCAUUGUAGCGUGGGCGGGUGCUACGGCGCCCAUGGGCAGCUCGAUCUUCUUCCCUUCACUCACCCAAGUGGCUAAAGAGUUGCAUACAACGACCACCAUUACCAACCUAUCCAUCGCCUUGUACAUGCUGAGCAUGUCAAUUUUCCCUCUAUGGUGGUCUUCCUUUAGCGAGCGUCUGGGACGACGUACGAUCUACCUGGUUUCGUUCCUUCUUUUCGUGCUUUUCAACUGCCUUUGUGCUAUUUCCAACUCUAUCGCUAUGCUUAUCGUGAUGCGAAUGUUAAGCGGCGGCGCCUCCGCUUCCGUUCAAGCUGUUGGCGCAGGAACAAUUGCCGAUCUGUGGGAUCCUCGGGAAAGAGGCCGCGCCAUGGGAAUAUUCUAUCCAGGUCCGUUGUGCGGUCCUCUACUAGCCCCCAUCAUUGGUGGACUUUUAGCUCAGCGCUGGGGCUGGCGGAGUACACUGUGGUUCCUCGCAGUAUACGGUGCGAUCACCGUCAUUUUCAUAUUUGUGGCGCUGCCCGAGACACUGGCUGUCCAGAAACCCACACUCCCCGACAUCGAGGAAGAUGUCGAGCCCAUCAGCCAAUCUCUCAGCCGCGUUUCAACUCGACAAGUCGCUCGAACCACCACAAAGUGGCUUAAGAAGCUAAAGGUUAUUUUCAUCGAUCCAUUAAAAAUCGUCCUUUAUCUCCAAUACAUCCCCGUCCUCCUAACUGUUUACUACGCCAGCAUCGCCUUUGGUUCGCUCUAUGUGUUGAAUGUUAGUGUCGAAGCGACAUUUUCAAAGCCCCCAUACAACUUUUCGACUAUCAUUGUUGGGCUUCUCUAUAUUCCAAAUUCAGUGGGAUAUGUGGUGGCCAGCCUAUUCGGUGGAAAGUGGAUGGACAGCAUCAUGCAACGAGAGGCGAGAAAGGCAAAUCGCUACGACGAAAAAGGGAGACUGAUUUACCGACCUGAAGAUCGGAUGCGGGAAAACGCCUGGCUUGGAGCUUUUCUAUACCCAAUAGCGCUUAUCUGGUAUGGCUGGUCGGCUGAAAAAGGAGUGUUCUGGCUGGUCCCGAUGAUCGCGAACUUUUUCUUUGGAAUCGGCUCUAUGUUGAUCUUUAGUAUGGUUACCACCAUGUUGACCGAGUUCAUGCCAAGAAAGUCCUCGGAGGGUGUUGCACUCAACAACUUCAUGCGAAACAUCUUCUCCUGUGUGGGAUCUGUCGUCACAGCCCCGAUCAUUCAUGGAAUCGGCAAUGGAUGGCUAUUCACGAUUCUGGGUCUAGUCAGUCUCGCAAGCAGCAGCGUCAUCUUUUUCAUGAGAGUCUUUGGGCCCCGCUGGAGGAUAAAAAUGGAUGCGAAAAUGAAUGUCGCUCGCACAUGA